AUGGCUGCAACAGCUAAAUCAACAAGCUUCUAUCCUGAAUAUCGGCCACAUGGCAGGGCUCAUUCGCCUUUAGUGAUACCCACACACCGAAGGGUUGAAACUUUUGCUGCUUUGAUUCAUUGCAGCUCAAUGCUACUAUUGCCAUGUUUGUACUUCUUCCUUUGGACAAGAGAGGCUUUCUGGCCAUUUUUGAUUACAUACACAAUAUUCUCCUAUAUACUAGAUGAUACACAGUCAAUGGGUAACUCCAUAUAUCGCACGUCAAGUUGGUUCAAAAAACAAUUUAUUUUCAGAAAAUUUGUAGACUAUUUUCCUAGAUUUUUAGACAAAGAAGAGAAGAUAGGGCCCCGUUAUUUGUUCACUGCCCAUCCACAUGGUGUUAUUUCAUUUGGCAUUACAGCUGCGCUUUUGCCAUCGCAUACUUUGAAAUCAUCAAAAUCGUUUAGAUCAUUGUUUCCUGGAAUUUCAGUCCAUUUGUUAACAUUGCCAACACAGUUUCUAAUACCCUUUUAUAGAGACUACAUCAUGGCUUUAGGUGUUGGGCUGGUAACCAAAGCUGGUAUCACUUCAAUUUUGAGAAGAAACCAUAGUGUUGCCAUAGUCGUGGGUGGUGCUCAUGAGUCAUUAUUUGCAAGGCCAGGGAUGAAUAGAAUUGUUUUGAAUCGACGCAAAGGUUUUAUAAAAUUGGCUGAUGUAGCAAUUGUUCCUGUCUACGUUUACGGAGAAAACAAUGUUCACAAGGUCUAUAACACUACAGAGCAGCCAAAUGGUAAAAACUCAAAGACGUUGAAGACAUUCUUGAAUUUACAAUUACUUUUGAAAAAGUACACAGGCUUUACGCUGCCGCUGGUAAAUAGCCGGUCGAUAUUCAAUUAUGAUUUUGGCCUGUUACCGUAUAAGCGAAGGAUGGAUGUCAUUACAGGUAAGCCUAUAUAUAUUUAUCGGAUGUUCAACAACUCAAUAGGCGAUAAAGUAACGGAGGAAGAAAUCAAUUAUUAUCACGAGAUGUAUAAAGCUAAUUUGAUUGAACUAUGGGAAAAAAAUAAAAGUUUUGCCACUGAAUGGGAUGAGAAGCUUAAAAUAGUGGAGUAA